AUGCAGAAACUGGAAGCCAAAGUGACAUACUUGGAGAAUUUACUCCAGAAGCGCCAGCGAGAAGAUUCUUGCGACCAUCAUGUCUCUCCCAGCACUGAAGCGAGAGAUUCGUCUGUUGAAAAUGGACACUCGCCGGCUGGAGAGUCAACGUCAAAUCUAGACAUGCUCAGCAGUGAAGUUGCAAUGCUGUGCCUCAAUGCUGCUGGUCGUGAGCCGCAGUUCUUCGGAUCAUCGUCUGCGGUUUCUUUCUCCCGUAUCCUCGGUGCCAGCCUUGAUCUACCGCUUCAUGAACGUGGUUGGAGCGCCAAGUCACAGGAAGGAGAUGAGGGUCAAUAUUCUGACAGGGGGUCCAUGACUUCGCUCGAAUUUCCACCGCCAGCGAAAGCGACUAUGCUAUCGCAAGCCUUCUUCAAAAGCAUUCAUCCCCAAUAUCCCUUUCUGCAUCGCCCGACCCUCUUAUCCAUGGAGCAGGAAUGCCUUCGUGCAAGUGCGCUUGGAGAUCUCACAGCUGUAGAUCCCGUAUCAUUAUUCUUUGUGCUUAUGACCUAUGCGAUCGGAUCUCUGGCUCUAGGGAAGCCUGAAACCGAGGCACAGGAAUAUUUUUCACCAGCAUUUGAGCGCAUCGGUCCUUUACUCCAUAUGGAUGGGUUGUAUUCAGUGCAAGCUCUUCUAUGCUGUGCAGUAUAUUCUAUAAGGUCCUACAAUGGGGCCAACCUCUGGAAACUCUCUGGCAUGGCGAUUCGCCAAUGUGUCGAACUCGGGUAUCAUCGUAGUACUGAGAGAUACCGACCACAUGCAGACGCACUGACGAAAGAACUAUCCAAACGCUGUUUUUGGGUAGCAUAUGAUUUGGACUGCGUUAGUUCGUUCAUCUUGGGUCGACCGAAAGGUAUUCCUGAUAAUGCUAUUGAUGCUGAGUUACCUGUGAAUGUUGAUGAUGAAGAUAUCACACCUGGUGGUUUUAUGGGCCCUCCACAGUCUUCGUCAACUGAAUCUCGCACUUGUGUAACUGGCUUCAUCCACGUUAUCAAGUUGCGACAACUUUGGUCGAAGAUCAGUGAUAACCUCUAUCCCAACACAUUUCGAUCAUCGGGGCAAGAAUAUCUCCAUCAUAUGGCCCUAGUUAAAUCACUACGACAGGAAGUGGAUGAAUGGCGAGCAGGGUCGCCGACGCCAGAUGAGCUUUGUACCUCGAAUGGCUCGCCUCUUUCUGUCUUCGAAUCUUCAAACUGGUUUCAUAUCGCUUACGAUUACUCGAUUCUUCUAUUAUAUCGGGCGCAAAUUACCUCACCCUUGGCUACUGGGGUACAGGAUCCUGAAGUCUCGGCUUCCGCCGAUGCUGCAUUCCGGGACUGUGUCGACUCAGCUCGUGAUAUCUGCAUACGAUAUCGCCGACUCUAUCAGACCCGAGACCGCCGAAUUCAAUUCACCUGGGGCAGUCUUCAUAUAUUGUUUCUCGCUGGUCUGACCUUCAUCUAUUGUCUCUGGCGAUCAGAGCGACUCCGUCAAUCUACGCCUCAACAUAUAGUUAUCAGUACCUGCAUGGCUUGUAACACUCUUCUGGUCAUUAUUGCAGAGCGCUGGAGCCAAGCCUCAUCCUAUCGGGAUAUAUUUGAGUCUCUGUCGGAGCGCACGAUUAAUAUGAUGUCUGGAAAUCAGUUCGCUGCACAGACGGGUGAUGCCGCAGGCUCCUCGUCCUUGCAAGUGGCAGAUCUACUUGAACCUACUGCAUCCGAUACUACGCUCAAUCCGGGUAUUAGCUUUGGUUGGAUGUCCGGGGACCAGAAUUAUCCAGCCCCGAUGAAUUUGGAUGCCCGUGGGCUUCAGGAAUGGAUCAUGGAUCUCGACUGUAUGCCGUCAGCUGAUGACCCACAUUGGUUCACGCAGGAUCUGUUAAAUGGCAUGAGUGAUCCUCCUAAUAACUUUGCAUUUAACUUUCAAUAA